AGGUUGUUCCGACUUCUAGCCGCGUAAUUCAUUGUUAUAUUCAGAUCAUGCCUGCUUCCCAGUACUUCAACUUAUGUUGUGUUGGUGGUUGCCGUUGCAUGUGCCUCCAGUUUUUCAGUCAGUCUCAACAGUCUCUCAUGUAAAGGCAAGUAGGUGGUUACACUAGGGGCACCACUUGUAAUCUCCUUGUUUGUCAUCUGGUGUUACAGCUAUUACUCCCUGCUCCCGUCGAGCAGAAAUAUAUAAGAAAAUGCCGCCCAACAUUAUGACCUGCACAAACGUUACAAUCUCAAGCGAUACAAUAGCAUCUGGAAUUUGUCUUGCAUAAUGAGCAUGACAGACUCGCACACCAUUCCACUUUCUGCAACACAAAUUUCGGCGCAUUGUAGUGUGGUUUGGGACUCCGGAACUUGUCAUGCGCAGUCCUAUGAGACUUGGCUAGAUCAUGAUCAUGCACUUCUUGCAUCACAAAUUUCCAGAUUCUAUUGUAACGUUUGAGAUUCUUGUAACGCUUGAGCAGGUCAUAAACAUCAACCCCGCGGCUCUCUUCUCGAUGGAUGGUGCCACCAGUCUCGCGCCCUACUACCCCGUGAACAUCACCAAUCCCAAAACCGCAGUGGACUACCCACCUGGAACCCUGAUUCCCGCCGGCCCGCCGGACGACAAGGGUUUAAACAAGCUUCUCCGAGAGUUGAUGGCCGUUCCGAAACCGAAACCCUACCGCGACGGCGAUCCCAAGUUUUACCAGCUGAUAGACCAGGCCAAGGAACGCGACCCGGCCUUCGCUAACCCGCAGCUAAACGCCGACGACGUUGACAAGGUGCCGGGCGGGGCCAUCGACCUGGCGGGAGCGCGUUCGAAGUGGGAUUUCUUCCACCUCCGCGGAGGUUAUGGAAGUGUCAGAAUCGAAAUUGACAAAAUCGAAAAACUUGUGAUGCACAAAAUCGAUGCCAGUUAGACCCUCAGUUUGUAGUCCGCGCAUGACAAAUUCCCCCCGUCCUGGAAGCGAAUCUGUCAUGCGGUUUAUGGCAAAAGAGCUGGCUUUUGUUAUGCUAGUCAGUAGCCCAACGCUUAACCCUUACCAGGACUACAAUCCGCCUUCCUUGCAUCCUCUGCAAUAGAGUCGCUUUUUGCGUAGCAUUUUAUGCAUUGCAGAUUAUUUCGAUUUUGUCGAUUUCGAUCCUGACACCCCGAUAGAGGUUUUCAGCCCCCUAGUGUGGAGAAAAGCAGAAAAUCUGGCUCCACCUCAUCUUCGGGACAUCAACUGCUGCCCAAGCUCGGCACGAGUAAAAACCUGAAGAACCCGGAGGGGCCUUUGGUGCCAGGGUGCGUCCACGGAGAUUAUCACAAGAAAAAGUGUUAACGUUAACGGAAUUUGUGAUGCAGGAAUGCACGAGAAAUGAUGCCCAAAUUUGUAUUGCAUAGCAUGCAUGAUAGCGAAAAUUUGUCAUGCAUGACUGCAAUGCCUCAAAGCCGUUAACGUUAACACGUUUUUGCUUGAUAGAGACAAGGCGUAUAUCAUGGACGCGUGGCAUAUCCAGGAAAAAACUACACCCACUCAAAUCCAAUUUGUCAUGCAAAACAUACAUAAAGUUCUCUCUGCGCUUGUCAUGCAAAAAAUGGGCGUGGAUGGGUUUUUUUCUGUGGAUAUAGCAGCACCCGGUGCGGAAUCGGAAAAACGAGCCGAAUGAGCCAUCGUUUGAAGAAACGAUCGAGGCGUUGAAAUCUGGGGACAUGCGGAUAUGGAUUGCAAAUAUGUCUGGGUCUGGAAGAUUCAGACUUGUCAUGCUAAAUCCGAAUCUUCAUGCAUCAAUAAAAAUCUGUGUUUCAUGAGUGCCAAAAGGUGUCCACUUUUGACGAGGUUCGUUGGCACGGAGUUUCUCAUGCAGGAUAGGCAUGACAGAGACCUCACAGAGACAGAGUCUGUCAUGCUAGGUCCCGCAUUCCAGACCUCAUGGGUCUUGGAAAACCUGCAUGACAAGUGUACACUCUUCCAGACCCAGACACUUUUGCAUGUGAUAGCGGAUUCCCGGAAGCAACCUGGAUGUUUCGGCUGUGCUCGAAAAUUUCGCGAACCCCGGGGUGGACAUGUGAAGAUGUUGACAAAAAUAGAUGGCCUUCUUUUCUUUUAUGAUUUUUAGUGCGGGCGAGGACUACUUUUCGUUUCCC